UAGCGUCGUCAUUGUCUCACAUGUUUCGUCGCUGCAUACAUGCUUCUUGGGUCUCUGCUCGAAGGGUAUUCCGCCGAGUUAGUUGUCCGUACCGCACCUUUAGCGCUUUACGAAGUUGCACGCGUAAUGUCAUCCGCAUCCUGCGAACAGCCCGCAAACCGUCCCAUUCCCACCAUAUCAUGCAAUUCGGAAAGAACUCCUGUGCACGCCGGUGGCGCUGAUAGUGCACCCAUAGAUUUCUGCACACAGCAACUCGUGGGCGUCGGCAUCUCACUUUCACCACUCACACGUCGAGAAGUUGCCAACGCUGGAUCACAGAAAGCUUCGCUCUUUAUCGACCUGCGUAGUAACGAGAGAGACGAUGGGGACAUCGCUGGAUGGAUGCCAGCUUUGUUUCAAUCCCCUGGAACGGAGUCGCUCCGUGUCCCGAACGUCGUUUCGCCUCUCGCUUCGUCCGACAUCCAAGAAAUAACGGCCGACGAAUAUCAACAGUCGCUGCGGAGGAAGGCGGUCGAGAAUGGCCAUGACGUCAGGGCGAACGACGUCGAACCUGCAAUGUCGGCAUCGCAGGCGGCGGCUGUCCUGGAAUGUCUACGGUCUACGAGUGGAGAACGGAAGGUGCGUGGAGUUGAAGCCCACAUCGUGGGAGCUAAGCGGAUGGAAUCUAAGAAGAUCGGAAGUUCAACUACCGUGGGGGGUGGCGAUGGCAAUUCCGGGGAGACAGUACCUGUGCACGUUGGUGGUGUAAACGAGGUGGAACACCACGUCGGGCGCAGUGCAGCGUGGGCGGACGCAUCGGACGGGGGAGGCGAGUUUUUCAAGAGUCGACAUCAAUAUCCGACAUCCAAUCCACAUGACGCCAAUGAUAUCGAGUCGAUAGAUUCGCCCACGCAAUGCUGCGGUGGAUGGACGAACGAUGAGACCGUGGCGUUGAUCGACUCGAAGGGCAUGCAUGAGGCCGGUCGGCUUUUGGAGCUCUCACCCACAGGCAGUAUAAGCGGAGCCAGGCGGACGUGGGAGACAACAUAUGAAGAGAGCAGGCGUGGGUGGGAACACAUUGCCGGGCUCAUGCGCUCCGAAGGCCACAAACGGGGUGCCACGCAGUGCAGAAGUCGGUGGAGAUGUCUGUGGUCGUCGUUCAAGACCGCGAGGCGUUAUAUGGUCCGAGAUGAUCAGCCGCCGUACUGGGAGAUGAGCGUGGAAGACCGCCGAGACUGCGGGUUGGAGACUCACUUCACGCGUGAGUGGUUCGAACUGAUACAAUCGUACUCGCAGCAAUGGGACAGUUGUAUUCCACAUCGCGGUAUUCGUAUAAGUAAGGUCGGGGCGAACGGCGAGGAAAGCAACCACAAUCAGCAUGCCGAGCAUCGAGGACAGGGCACGCCGAAGAAGCCGCGUACGGUUGUGGAGGAGCUUGAGAAGACCGUGAAGGAUUUGUGUAACACCGCCUCGACGUGCACCGCCAGGCAGGUCGAACUGCUGGACCUCCAUUCCGAACGGAUUGCGUCUCUUCAGAGGGAGAGCGCAAAGAACUUCGUGGCAACGAUGGAGGCAGCUUGGAGGGUCGUUUCCGAUAUCAUGCGGGACGAGCGACAUCUCCUUCUGCCCUUAUUGGACAGAGGUAUCGCGGUCGUCAGUACCGAGGAUGGUUCCAGGACCUCGUACACGAUGUCCAUCUUCCGCGGUUUCACAGGUGCACUCAAUCCUAGCCGCACGAUUUACUACGUGGGAACAUAUCGCUGCAUCAAGUACUCCGUCAUGGAUGGGGACUCGCCGGCCAGCUUUGGUAACGAAUUCCGAUCUAUAUCAUGCCCUACGGUCUCCGGUUUGCUCUUCAGUCGUCGAAAUUUUCUCCAAGAUGGGAGCUACCUAUACGCUUGGGAAAAAAGUAAUAGGACAGUUCUAGGUAUUGAUCUCAUUAGUGGAGCGGUAACCGCGAUCCCGCAAAUUAGAGAUCAGGCAGUGGGGGAUUUUGCGUUGACACAAGAUGGGUGCAACAUGUUCGCCAUCGCUGGGAAGAGUAUCAUGCGGGCAGAUUUCGAUAAACCAGGAGGAAAGGUGGUUAAGGUAGAGUACGUGACGACCUAUGCCUCUCAACAUUACGACAUCAGGACCGCUUCUCUCGAUAAUGACGGCAGUCAUUUGUACGUGGCGACGUCGAAUGGCCAGCUGUUACAAUUUCCAAUCAACAAGUCCGCUCUAGGGGAAUGCAGCGGUGCACUUCCAACACCAGCCGCUCCGACGGGGGCUGCCUCGGCCUAUCAAUCGCCAUCGCCAGCACCAUCAACCGGUGCAUCUCCAGCAGCCGGAGCAUUGUCUUCGGCAGGACACGAUGGGAGUAGUACAGGUGUCAGUGGUAGAUUGGCCGACACGCUGUCAAGUCCUUCGCCGACAACCGUCCGAACGCCACCAAGGGGACGUGUCAACGUCGGCGUGCAAGCUUGCAGCUUUGUGGCAGCUUGUCUGGUCUCCGCUGUUCUUGGUGGCGCUUUAGUGCUCCUCGUUUCUCGAUCUAGAAAAUCAGCGAAGGCAGAAUCUGGUGUUAUGACCGCGAUGUCUACUGCUCUCGAACACCCCGUAGAACGGUGUUCUGCUCUUGAACACCCGGUACAACGGUGUUCUGCUCUCGAACGCCCCAGUUGAGGCUACAGCAGCUGUCCUUACGUUCGUCUUCUUUCUUUUUCUUGUGUGUGUGGUGUUUGGCUGCAAUCUUACAGAUCGAGCAGCCUGUCCCUCGGGUCCAGCAUUGGUCACCCCAGCGGAGUUUCUUGUCUUGUCCUUCGCUGCUGCUGAGGCUUCUUUAGUCUGUUUGCGGGGGAGCGACCGCUGUACGUCUCUCGUUACCCCGUUUUUUAAUAUUUUUUUUCGUUGGCGCUUUCUUCUGAGGGGGUAGCCCUGCCCUUCACUCUAUCGAAUCCUUUUGGGUUUGAAGCCUUUAUAAUCAGGGUCUAUUGACAGUUACACAACUUUGCCCGGCGCUUUCCUUAUUUUCUGUUUUCUGGGUCUCUCGCAGGGGGGUGGCGGCUGAGGGUACAUUCAUUCUGGCGCGGGAUAAUUCACGGGUAACAGGACCGCGGAAUGAAUUUCCCAAUUAAAU